UAAUUGUUAAGGCGCCGCACACAAAAUGCUCCGGACUUUUCGUCAAAUAGCCCGACUAGGAAGAUCCCUAAAGACGCCAAUACCAACUAGAUUUCUGCCCAAACUCCCAACCACCUUAGAGCUGCAGGCUCCUGUGCACACCAGUGUUUCCACGUGGAAGUACGACAAGAAAUCCUCGCGAGCAUCGGAUGACUUGGACAGCGACGACGAGGAUGAUGAGGAUUUCAAGGACGAAAGGGACUCCAAGGUGGUCAAGACCAAGGUGAACUCACUGCGCGCCGAUCUCCUCCUGAAAGCUGGCCUGGGCAUGGCAAGAAACAAAGUGGAACUGAAUUUCUACGAGAGCAAGAUACGCGUCAAUGGAAAGAAGCUGCCCAAAAAGAGUGUCCAGCUGGAAGUCGGCGAUGAUAUCGACGUAAUCCGAGGCUUUAGUCAAUCGAAUCCUUCCCACCUGGUCGUGGCCCGCGUCUCAAUCCUCUCCGUCAGCGAACGCGAGGAAGGACUCAGCGUGCACCUGAGGCGCUACAAAUCCCUGCUGGUCGAGAAUUACCGGGGACCCAACGCCUUCAAAUCCUCGGAGCACGUUGCUCAUUAAAACCAAUUAGAAAUAAAGGGUGCUACUAUUAAGAGUAAAUGGAUAAAGUCGAGUGAGUUAACUCAAUACCAGAAA